AUUACCUGAGGGACAACAAUGAGAAGAUGAAGAUUCAAUAUCAGAAUCUGGCCGAGUGGAAGGAAAAGAUCCGCAGCAACAACAUGAAAAACAAAGAAAAGUUUGACCAAACUAAGGAGGUAGUCCAGACCCUGACUAAAGAGAAUGAGGAUCUCAAACGUGAAGUCUGCAAAAAGGCGGUCCAUAUGACACAGCUGGAAAGGUCAGCAGAGGAGGUCAGGAGUGAGCUCAGAAACAAGGAGGAAGCUGUUACAGGGCUGGUGAGGACAGUGGAGGAGCUGAAGAAAAAGUUAGAGAGUAAAUCACUGGACAGGUCCUCAGACUGUGUAGAUACGGUACUUGUGAAUCAAGACAGAAGCGAAACAGAAGCACUAGAAAAGGAAAAAGAAAGCUUAGAAACUAGAAUAAAACAACUAGAAAAUCAGCUCGGACAAUUCAGAGAAAAUAAUGAGAGUUUAAUAAGGGACUUAGACUCCUACAAAAAUGUGAAACAAGAACUUCAGGUAGAAAAUGCAAAACUGGAGCGAGAGAAUACGGAGCUUGGACAGAGAAUUGAAGGCUUGUUGAACGAGAACAAGGGCAUGAAAUCAGAGGUGAGGGUAUUGAGGGGCCGCAUUGAGGAGCUGGAGAACGAGGCGUCACGUUAUCAGGACCUAGCGGUCAGUAAAGAGGAGGACAGGAAAACACAGGGGGCAGAAGAGGCUCACACAGAGUUGGGAGAACUCAAACAGAGACUGAAACAGAAAGAAGAAGAGAUUGCCUGGUACAAGGAGCAACAGCAGCAACACAUAUCAAGUCUCACCAAGCAACACCAGCAACAGAAGCAGGAGUUGCUGCAGCAACUGGAUGUGCUGCAACAUGAGCUACAGCAGACCAAAGAUGAACAGACAAAGGCUUAUACAAGUGAUGUACAGAGCCUGCGCAGCCAAGUCCUGACCCUGAUUACCCAGGUCAAUGACUCCCAAAAAAGAUUGGAGGAUGCUAAUGAGGCCCUGGAGAAGAAGAGUAGCAAAUUACAGGAAGUGGAGCACGUACAGGAAGAGUUCCGUCGGCAGCACACUGAGGACGCCGCCCUGGUGGAGACACUGAGACUGUCACUGAAGAGUUACGAGGACGCACUGACGGCCGAGAGAAAGGAGCACCAAAAUACCAAGAAAACAUCAGCUGAUCUGAGACAGUCAUUUAAUCAGGUAGUGUCAGAUCACAAGAAUUUGUCAGAGAAAUACGACAGAAUCAAACUGCAGGAACAGAUACGACCACAGGGUGGAUGUACAGAGACAGAAAAGCAGAAGUUACUGGACCAGAUCGGUCGUCUUACGGCCCAAGUGUACGCCGGGGAGGAGGCCAUUAAUUACAGGGAGGAGAAACUCAACAAAGUACAGGAGGAGAAUAAAAAGAUCACGGAGGAGCUCAAUAAUGUGGUCCCUGUACUCAAGGCUCAGGCUGAGGUUUGGAAGUCAGAUUUUGAUGCUGAGAGAGACGCAAGGGAACGCCUUCAUGCAGAAAAAACUCAACUGGAAAAUGAUUUCAAACAGCUCCAGCUACGCAACCAGCAGCUAUUGGACGAAAUGGAGAAUUUUUCUAAACGACAGUUCCAGGAGAUGCAGCAGCGGCACUCCAGCCAGAAUUAUCAGCACAACCUCCAACAACACCUGAGGGUGGGGCAUCAGAACCACGGGAGUCCAUACCAGAUUCCCCAGUACCCUCCUCAGGGGUACCCCACCCAGGCCCCGGGGGCGGGGGCAAUGUACAACGAUGGCAGAUCACCUCCCUCUGUUCCAAGUCAGAUUCAUGGUGAUUCCCAGGAAGGAGAGGAGCCCCAUCAGUUUGAAUGUCCAAAGUGUAACCAGACCUGUCCUGACAUGGACACUCUACAGAUACAUGUACUGGACUGUAUUGACCAGGACAACCCUUGACGUGUAAAAGAUCAGAACAUGUACUUUCAUUUACUUGAGUGACUCACAGCAAAACUUAUUUUGAAUUGUAUUGAUCAGCACAGCCAAUAAUAUUGCUAAGUUUUAUUGUGAAAUUUUUAAUUAGAUCAAUCAUGAGAAAACUCAAAUUCAACAUUUCUGUACAAGGAAUGUUAUUCUUUUAAUAUGUGAUUUUUUUUAAUUUCUUCAUUGAAAUCAUCUUUAAAAAAAAAUAUGACAUCAUAUCUGAUACACACUGAUAAAACUGAUUCUUGAGAGAAAGAGAAUGCGUUAACAAAUCAUAAUCACUCUUAAAGUUUACAUGAAAGUUUACUAUGUAGAAAUAUUAACACUUACUUAAGCUUUCCAACUUUUAGAUAUGUGAUAAAUGAGAAACAAGAAGUAAGAUACAUUAUAUUAUGAUUUG